AUGUACACCGGGGUGGCCACGUGGAAGUCUGCCCAGUCCAAGCAGUUUGAGACCAUCUAUAGAGCCACCGACAGAAGCUGGGAGCAGCAGCUGCAGACUUGGCCAGGUGAUACGAAUGAGGUCAUCUUUGAGGUGGGUAAUGACACCUCCUGCUUCAACAAACCAGGAAAUGUUUACUGCAAUGGGCCACUCCCGGCUGGGAAAUCUUUCAGAGUUCGUCUGUUUUCUUGUACAGCUGCCGGCUGUUCUGUGAGCGAACCAUCAGGACUGUUUAUGACUGCGGGUAAGUCACUUUCUUUAUUGAAUAAGAGUUAUCUUCUCAUUUUGCAAAAUAACAAAUAG